AGCUGCUGCUGCUGCUGCUGCUGCUUCCGAAUCCAAUUGAUCUCGCACUGCUGCUCCGACUCCGACGACGAGGAUGCCCCUGUUCCUCACCGACGACGAGUUCUCUCGCUGCUCCCACGAUGCCGGUCUCGUCGCCGAGAAGGCCGACGCCUUCAUCCGCAACCUCCAGAGGGAGCUCGACUCCUUCAAGGCCCACCUCGACGCCUCCUCCAUCACCGCCGAGCAGACCUGCUCCCUCCUCGAGCAGAAGUACCUCUCCCUCUCCUCCGACUUCUCCCACCUCCAGUCCCACUCCCUCCACCUCCAGUCCUCCCUCGAUCAGCGCCUCUCCGACCUCGCCGACCUCCAGUCUCAGAAGCACCACCUCCACCUCCAAUGCAUGGAGAAGGAUGGCCAGAUUGAGAGGCUGGCCACCGAGGUUUCCGAGCUUCACAAGUCGAAGAGGCAGCUCAUGGAGUUGGUGGAGCACAAGGGCCUCGAGCUUUCCGAGAAGAACGCCACCAUCAAGUCUUAUCUCGAUAAGAUCGUAAGCUUGACAGAGAAUGCUUCUCAGAGAGAGGCACGUCUCGGUGAAAUUGAAGCAGAAUUAACAAGAAGCAAGGCUACCUGUUCUCGGCUCUCUCAGGAAAAAGAACUGAUUGAGCGACAUAAUGUGUGGCUUAAUGAUGAGUUGAAUGCCAAAGUUGACAGUGCCACUGAGUCGCGUAGAGUCAAUGCUGAUCUUGAAGCAGAUAUGUCUGCUAAGCUUGCAGAUGUAGAUAGACAGUUAGCUGAUUCCUCUACAUCUUUAAAUUGGAACAAGGAAAGAGUGAGGGAGCUAGAAACGAAACUAGUAGCCGUGCAGGAGGAGCUUUGCUCGACUAAAGAUUCUGCAGCAGCCAAUGAGGAUCGAUUUCAAGCAGAAAUCUCUACUGUAAAUCGACUUGUUGAAUUGUAUAAAGAAAGUAGCGAUGAAUGGUCCAGAAAGGCGGGCGAGCUUGAGGGUGUUAUUAAAGCUUUAGAAACACAUUUAACUCAAGUGGAAAAUAACUACAAAGAAAAACUUGAAGAGGAGUUAUCCACCAGAAGGCAACUAGAGAAGGAAGCUGAAGAUCUAAAGGCAAAACUGGAAAAAUGUGAAGCUGAAAUGGAAUCUCAGAGGAAAGAUAAUGAGUCAAAUCUUCUUCCUCUUAGUAGUUUCAGUUUAGAAAGUUGGAAGGGUUCGUCUGGUCCUAAUGACAUGGUUCAGGAUGAUCUCGCAAUUGUCCCUAGGGUACCAAUGGGUGUAUCAGGGACAGCAUUAGCUGCUUCCCUUCUGCGUGAUGGUUGGAGUCUUGCAAAGAUGUACGCGAAGUACCAAGAGGCAGUUGAUGCAUUGAGACAUGAGCAGAUGGGAAGAAAAGAAGCUGAAGCUGUGUUACAAAGGGUUUUAUAUGAACUAGAGGAGAAAGCUGAAGCUAUUUUGGAUGAAAGAGCUGAACAUGAGAGGAUGGUUGAGGCGUACUCCAUGAUCAACCAAAGGUUACAGCAGGCUACGUCUGAACAGUUGAACCUAGAGAGAGCUAUUGGGGAGUUAAAGGCUGAUCUGAAGAAGCGUGAACGAGACUACGUGCUUGCUCAGCAGGAGGUUGUUGACCUUCAAAAGCAGGUUACAGUUCUUUUGAAGGAAUGCCGUGAUAUACAAUUACGUUAUGGAUCCAGUCUGCAUGAUUAUUCUGAUGAUAAGGGAACAAAUGGAGCAGUGGAGAUGAUUGCUGAAUAUGACACUGAGAAAGUUAUUUCUGAUCGGCUUUUGACCUUCAAGGACAUAAACGGAUUGGUUGAGCAGAAUGUUCAGCUUAGAACCCUUGUUCGCAGCCUGUCUGAUCAGAUAGAGAAUAAAGAGUUGGAAUUUAAGGAAAAGUUAGAAAUGGAGCUCAAGAAGCAAACUGAGGAAGCUGCAUCUAAGGUUGCUGCUGUUUUACGUAGAGCGGAGGAGCAAACUGUUAUGAUCGAGUCCUUGCACACCUCAGUUUCAAUGUACAAAAGGCUAUAUGAAGAGGAGCAUAAACUUAAUUCUUCUAAUGCCCACACUGCUGUUGCAGUUCCAGAAGAGGGAAGGACGGGCUUCCAGUUGCUUAUUGAGGGUUCUCAGGAAGCCGCUAAAAAGGCACAAGAACAUGCUGCGGAACGAGUGAGAUGUCUUGAAGAAGAGUUGGCAAAGUCUAGGAGCAAGAUUAUAUUAUUGCAGUCAGAGCGGGACAAGAUGGCCCUAGAAGCAGCUUUUAUGAGGGAGAAACUUGAUAGGCUGAUGAAUGAAUUUGGACACAAGAGAGAGGAAAUAAAUGGAGUUCUAGCAAGAAAUGUGGAGUUUUCCCAGUUGAUAGUUGACUACCAGCGGAAGGUUCGUGAAAGUUCAGAGUCUUUGCAUGCUGCUGAGGAGCUUACUCGGAAAUUGAAUAUGGAGGUUGCUGUUCUGAAGCAAGAAAAAGAAAUAUUGUCAUCUGCUGAAAGGAGGGCUUGUGCUGAAGUUCAAAGUUUGUCAGAAAGAAUUUAUCGUCUCCAGGCUACAUUGGACACCAUUCAGAGCACUGAGGAAGUCCGUGAGGAAGCACGGACUGUGGAGAAGAAAAGGCAGGAGGAAUAUAUCCAACAUAUUCAGAAGGAAUGGGCUGAGGCUAAGAAGGAGCUACAAGAAGAACAUGAUAAUGUUCGAAAGUUAAUGCUUGAUCGGGACCAGACUUUAAAAAAUUCAAUGAAACAAGUUGAAGAGAUGGGAAAGGAGUUGGCCAGUGCCUUGCAUGCUGUUGCAGCUGCCGAGACUAGGGCAGCUGUGGCCGAGGCUAAACUAUCUGAUCUGGAGAAAAGGGUUAGAUCUUCAGAUUCAAAGAUUGUAGAGGUGGCUAAUGCUGGUGGAAGUCUCUCUAUUUCAACUAAUGAGGUUAUUUCAGAACUGCAAAUUGCAAAAGAAGAAAUAGAGAAAUUAAGAGAAGAAGCACAGGCAAACAAGGAUCACAUGCUACAGUACAAAAGCAUAGCACAAGUCAACGAAUCAGCAUUGAAGCAGAUGGAAUGCGCUCAUGAAAACUUCAAAACAGAGGCAGAGAGACUAAAGCAAUCUUUGGAAGCUGAAGUAGUUUCACUAAGAGAGAGGCUUUCUCAAAUGGAAACUGAAGUCAACAAUAAAUCACAGCAAGUGGCUUCUAUCAAUGUUGAGAAGGAAGAGGCCCUUGCAUCUGUGCUAGCAGAAAUUACUAGUUUGAAAGAAGAAAGCACACUUAAAAGUUCCGUAGUUGACACAUUGGAAACAAAGAUUUCUCUGUUGGAAGAUAAGUGGAAGCAUGAGCAUGAACGCUGGCGUUCUGCUCAGUCUAACUACGAACGACAGGUUAUUCUGCAAUCUGAGACAAUUCAAGAGUUGACAAAAACGUCGGAAGCUUUGGCUUCAUUGCAACAGGAGACAGAUGGGUCACGCAGGCUGGCAAAUUCCCAGAAAAGUGAGAAUGAUGAAUUGAAGGCCAGGUGGGAAGCAGAGAAGUCAAGGCUAGUGGAAUCCAAAGCAGAAGCUGAGAAAAAGUACAACGAAUUGAAUGAACAGAAUAAAAUACUGCAUGAUAGACUUGGAGCUCUGCACAUUCAACUAGCCGAGAGAGAUCGUACUUCUGCUGGAAUCUCUGUGGAUGACGAUGCUGGCUUGCAGAAUGUGAUUAAUUAUCUCCGACGGUCAAAGGAAAUAGCGGAAACAGAGAUCUCUUUGUUAAAACAGGAAAAGUUGCGUUUACAAUCACAACUCGAGAGUGCCAUAAAGGCAGCAGAAACUGCCCAGGAGUCACUUCGUGUUGAGCGUGCAAGCUCAAGGUCAUUGUUGUUCUCAGAAGACGAGUUCAAAUCCCUACAGCUUCAGGUUAGGGAAAUCAGUUUGCUUCGUGAAAGCAAUCUGCAACUCAGAGAGGAAAACAAACACAAUUUCGAGGAAUGCCAGAAAUUGCGAGAAGAAACUCAGAGGGCUGCAACUGAACGUGCAAAGCUGGAGAAUAUUUUGAUGGAGAAACAGAUUGAGUUGGAAGCCCUCAAUAAAGAAAUUGAAACACAGAGAACAGAAAAAUACGGCCUAGAGAAGAGGGUGAAGGAGUUAAUUGAAAGGUGGAAGAACAUAGAUGUAGAGCAUUAUAAUCGCUUGAAGAAUGAUGUUCAACAAAUGCAGGAGAAGUUGAAAGAGCGGGAUACUCAGAUCGAAGAAAUUAGUAUGCUGAUGUCUCAAAAGCAAGAUAGAGUUUCGCAGUUGGAGCAGGACCUUGAGCAUAGUAGGUUGCAACUGAAUGAGAAAGAAAAGAGAGUGCAUGAUAUAUUGCAGACAGAGGAAAAGCAUAAAAGGCUAAUAGCUCAAUUAAAGAGAAAGGCUGAGACUCUGACAAAGGAAAAAGAGGAGCUGAUUAAAGAAAGUCAAGCUCUUUCAAAGCAGUUGGAGGAAUCUAAACAAGUGAGAAGGCCUAUGGGAGAUAACUUGGAGCAGGUUAUGAAGGAGAAGGAGGAAAAAGAGGCCAGGAUACAGAUUUUGGAGAAAACUGUCGAGAGACAGAGGGAUGGAUUAAAGAAAGAGAGAGAAAGGCGCCAAAAGAUUGAGGAAACGAUUAUGAACUCCAUUAAAAGAGCUGAUGAGGAGAAAACAAAAGUUGCAAGGGAACUCGAGAAACAUAAGCAAGUUUUGAGGCAGGUUUCCGAUGAGCUGGAAAAGCUGAAGCAUGCCAAAGACAGUCUUCCUGAGGGAACCGCGGUCAUUCAGCUUCUUUCUGGGAACUUAUUAGAUGAUCUUGCCUCUGGCUAUGUGUUGGCUAUUGAAAAUUUUGAACGGGUUGCAAAUACCCUUGCCACCGAGCUUGGUGUUCGUGCUUCUACUCAGGAUGCAGACGCUUCCUUGGCUGCUGCUGCAGUUUCUUCUGCUUCUGCUCAAGCCACCAUAAGUGCUCCUGAAACAAGCAACGUGGCGCCUAAAGCUGUGGAAGAAAAGGAAAGAAGAUUCAUUCUUCCUAAACCCAAUAUUGAAACUCGUAAAACAGGGAGGAAGUUGGUUCGGCCACGUCUUAAAAUGGAGGAACAUCAGGAUGUUGAGAUGACUGAUGCUGAAGGUUCUAACAAUGGUGGAAAGGUUGGACCUCCUGCCGACACUGAAAGUAAUAUCAUGACAUCAUUGCAGCAUCCGCUUCGUAAACGUCUGGCUUCAUCUGCUUCUGAGUUGCAUGAGCAGUCACAGACCCAAGGAGAAGGAGUUGGUGACACUUCAGCACCUUUGAUGAAGAAGUCCAAAGGAGUAGAUGUAUCACAUGAUGCUGCUCAAGAAAAACGCGGGUCUGCUCUGGAGAAUCUUAAUGUGGGACUAACGAUUGAGGAAUCUUUCGAUGCUCUUCGCGAUCUACCCCAAGCUCUCAGUGAGGAAGCUGUUGAUGAGAAGGAAGACACUCAGGUCCCUGAGGAGAAGGCUGAGGAAAGGGAAUCACAGCAAUUAGAGGAGGCUAGUGAUCCCGAAAGGAAGAAUGAUAAAAGUAUUUCCUUUGAGGAGAUUCUGAAUAAGUCUGACGAUGGGUCAAAGGAGCCCAUUGAUCAAGACAAUAUUAACUCAGUCGCAGAGUUCAUUAGCGAUAAAGAAGAAGGAGAGCUUAUUCCAGAUGCUGCUGAUGUUGAGAGUGGUGGCGAUGUGUCUAACCUUCUAGAGAGUCCAGAAGUCGAAGAAGGCAAGCCUGAGCAGGCAUUAACUCCCACAACUUCGCCAUGGAGGGCUGAUGAUGUGGAUGUCGGAGCUACUGUAACAGACCUGAGUGAGAUCAACUCUUCUGAACUUCCACAGCAUGAAAAGGUUGAAGAUGGUGAGAUAACUGAGGAAACUGCUGAAGGUUCUGAUAAAAUGAAUGAUGGGAGUGAUGCGGUGACGGUGGACAUUGAGCAGACUUCUGAAGGUGCCGCAGGCAGUGAAAACGCUGGUGCUUCUGCAGAAGCUGCUAGCUUGGUACAGAGUAGUUCCAGUAUCAAUGCCGAGGUGGAAGAGAGCAAACGGGCUUCACCAGCCAGUGGCACCUCAACUACCAUUAAUUUGUUGGAGAGAGCCAGGGAGCGAGCAGCCCUGAGACAGGCUGGAGUUGUGACUCCCCCAUCGAGCAGGGGUCGCGCUAGAGCAGUACGUGGCCGAAGUGCUCGUGGACGUGGUGGCCGUACUGGGCGUGGCCAGGGUGAACCAGGACAAAGCUCCAAAUAAGGUCCAGCUGCCUGUUUUUGCUUAGGUUUGCAUUUUGCAAUUGGAGCUGCAUUGUUUGCAAUUGGUCUCUUGUCAGAUAGGGGAGAGAGCCUAACAAUGUCAAGUUCAAUAUAUAUGCGACAAUUUUGUCA